AUGGACGUCCUUCGCCCAGGCCAUGCUCACCGGAGCAGCUCCGACAGACUCUUGUCCAACUACAUGGACUCGCAGAAGCAGCUCAAAGACGCUCUCCUCACUCUUCUGUCCCACGCACACCCCUCAACCUCGUCAUUGCUCGCCUACGUAACCUCCUCUCCCGGCGUCGUUCAGCCCGUCCGCAAAGCGGUCCGACACUCUGGUUUCGAGGGGCCUCUCUCGGGCGCUUUGCUCGAGGCCCACGGCUCGCAAAUCGGCAGCAAUGUCGGCGGGGGCGUGGACGAGACCAUGGGCUGGGCGGCCUUCAUGUCCAGCAUGGACGCCUUCCGGAAGGACCUCAAGCAGAUCCACCAUCUCGAGGAGGAAAUGUCGAGAGUCAGGCGGGACCGAGAGAUUCUCGUCACUCGCUUGAUCAAGUCGUCCAAGUCCCGCCCGACCAAGUCGGAGCUCGCGGCCAUGGGCUCAAGCUACAGCCAGAGCAACAUGUCGUCCCGUGCCUCGUCCAUCUCGGUUACUAGCGACGGGUCAGCGGCUACCAAGGAGGGCAAGCGGGCCGGAAAGCUUGCGGAUGCCCAGGCGGAGCUGCUUGGGUGCGAGGAGCACCUGAGAGGAUUGGAGGUGAGGAUCGAGAAGGAGAGGAACAAGGUCAUGCUCAGGGGACUGGAGGAGCGUUUCAGGGCAAUGGAUGCGGUAGGGCGGAUGUGGGUCAGUCAGGCCAAGAAGGGUCUUGCGGAUCUCGACAAGGCGCACGACCUCCCUCCCAACGCUUUCGAGCUCGACUCGAACGGUUCGAUUGCCCCCUCGCAAUCCGCCUCCCAGAUCGGCUUUGACGACGCUGGAUCAACCCACCGUCGAUUCCCCAAGGGUCUUCACGGUCCCCACGGUCCCGGCUCGAUCACCGGCAGUAUCGCCGAGGAGGAGGAGGGGUCUUCGGACGACGACGCACCGCGCAACUUGACGGUACACGAGAACAGGGCCGGCGCAGCUACACCCCGCCCAUCCAGCGCCCAGGCUACCCGCACCAACGGUGGCAGUGGAUUCAAGGCCGCCCCACUCGGCGUGCCCAGCGUUACCAACUACCGCCCCAGGCCAAGCUCGCAGGCGUACGGCCGUGGCGGUGACGAUUCGGACAGCGACGCACCUCCUCGCAGGCGCGCCGCCAGCGAUGUCGGCGGGAUGUCCUACACGCCCAUCACCAAGCGUCGGUCCCUCCGCCGCGCGCAGUCUGACGACCGCCAGCCCGGCGCCGCACUCAACCGGACCAACUCCAACAACUCCAACGCUUCUUCUCGCGGUGGCGUACCCGUCAAGAAGAAGGGCUUCUUUGCGUCUAUCGGGCGGCUCUUCAAGAGUAACAAGAAGAGGGAGGGGUCUGGGCGGGACUCUCCGCCCUACGGCUCCAACUCCAAGGGCGGCGGAUGGUCCACUAGGACCGACACCAACCUGAAGCGCGCGGGCUCAGGUUUCGCCGGUCGGUCCCGGGGGCGCAACAACGAUGACAGCUCGUCUGACGAGGACAAUGGCAACCUCGUCAGCGUCUCAAACAACCGUAACAGCACCUUCUCGGUCGACACCAUCGGCCGCGGAACGGGCUCGAAGCGCAACUCCAAGCUUCCCGUCGCGAGCGGUCUCAUCCCCGCCAAGCCUACCCGGUCGGACCUCGGUGCCGGCUCUCGCGCUCCAGGCAGUACGAGCACCAUCACGGCUCGUAAUCCCUCCGGCCGGGCUGCGACCGGCGCCAAGUCUCCUGCUAUGGCACGCAGCAACACCGUCCGGUCUACUGCGUCGGUGGCCAAGUCGACCGCAUCGGUGGGUACGACCAAGACCACCAACACGGUCAAGUCGUCUCCCGGCUCGGUUAGGAAGACCCGGCCGAACGGGUCCAUCUCGCGCGGAGCCGGACUGGGUGCUCAGCCCGCUACGAGCCAAAACAACAUGAUGUCGCUCGUGUCCAAGUCGGACCCCAAGAACCCGUCCGCCCCCAUCAUGCCUGACGUCCCCAAGGCUCCCCGCAGCCACGUUAACCCCCAGAUGGAGCUCCCCAAAGCCCCCGGAUCGUCCAUCGUCCGACCGGGCGACGCGCCGCGCGAGGUCGUCAACAAGGAUGAGCUGUACCCGCACCAAUCCAUCUCGCGUUCCAACUCGCUCAAGAAGGUCCCGCAGGUGGAGAAGGACAACCGGUCCACUACCCCUCUGCCAUCCCGGUUCCAGCCGGCCCCGCUCAAGUCGGCGCUGCGGCCGUCGUCCCCGCAGCCGUUGGCGCCUCCGCUUGAGAUGCCCAAGACGCUCAUCUCGGUCACUGCUCCCGGCCGAGUCGACCUGCCCAGGGAAGACAAGCCGGUCCCGUCGUCCUUCCCUAUCGCUCCGUCCCAGUCGGAUCGGCCCCGGCCAAGCACCCGCGCGUCCUACACCUCGAUGAACACCGAGGAGGGGGCGAGCGUGUACGAGUCUGCUGUCGAUGGCGACAGUGGGCGUGACCACGCCGAGGAGAGCAGCAGCGAGGAGGAGGACAAUGCCAAGAAGUACAAGUAUGUUGACAAUGAGCGGGUGAAGCGGUUGGGGAUCAAUGUCGGUCCGCCCGCCGUAGAGAAGAUGAGCUCUAGGGGCCACGAGGACGAGGAAGAGUUCUCGGAGGAUGAGAGCGUCGAUACCGCCCUUGCUGGGAAUGCUCCGCACAACCAAAUCGAGGACGACCGUCAGUCCCGCGCGUCCCGCCGGCCCAAAUCCGUACGUAUCACCGCACCCGACUCGCCGAUGGACACGGUCCAUGCCCCUGCGCCUCUUACGCAGGGCUAUCCGGACAAGCCAGACGUCAACCGCGAGGACAGCCCGGAGCCCGGAGCUAAGUCCGCGGAUGGGCCAAAGUGGAACACAAGGAUAGGGCGGAUGAGGGAUGAUACCUCGGACGAGGAGGAUGGGGAUGAGGAGUAUACCCGUGCGAGGAAGGGAUUGAGUCGGAACAAUGGGGAGUUCAAGGGGGAGGCGGGCAAGGACAACAAGAAGACGACGACUGGUAAGGCGGGGAGUAAGGCUGGAAGCAGGGCGGGGAGCGUGAAGAGUAAGAAGUAG